AUGCGAGAGAGAGUGAGAAUCGAUCUCAGACGCAAUGGCUUCCACGGGACGAUUCCUGAAGAGAUAGGCCGGUUGUUCCGUUUGAAACUUCUGCAACUGACUAACAAUACACUGACAGGAGAAAUUCCAGCAACUCUUGCAAACUACUCCGAACUCAAAGGCAUUGCAUUCUACGGAAACCAGCUCAUAGGGAAGGUCCCAGACGAACUUGGUUUCCUACCGAAGCUCUUGGGAUUGAGCCUUACUGAGAACAGUCUUUCGGGAAGAAUCCCACCCUCACUCGGAAACCUUUCUAAUCUCAUUAUUUUCAUUCUCGCAGCAAACAAUCUAGAGGGCAGCAUCCCUGGUGAGCUCAGCAAGUUGGUAAGCUUAGAUAUUUUUGGAAUUGGUUCUAAUAAACUGUCAGGCAAGAUUCCUCCCGUGCUCUAUAAUCUCUCCUCCAUCAGUACCUUCGACGUAGGAUUUAACAAUUUUCACGGAAAUCUUCCACCUAACUUAGGCCUCACUCUUCCUAAUCUCGAAGGAGUCUAUGCUGAAGGAAACCAGUUCACAGGACCCAUACCAGUUUCAUUAUCCAAUGCUUCCGGACUUUUACUUAUUAAACUUGGCAACAAUAGUUUUAGCGGGUCUGUGCCUAUGAAUUUUGGAAGACUCAAGGGUCUCUCCAGGUUAUAUUUGGGAGGCAAUCGACUUGGAAUUGGGAAAUCUCAAGACUCGAGUUUUCUCCAUUCUUUGACAAAUUGCAGUAGUUUACGAGUGCUGCAGCUAGGCAUAAAUAAUCUCAGUGGUGCGUUGCCUGACUCCAUGGCUAAUCUUUCGACCCAACUGAGAUGGUUAACUUUGGGAAAUAACAGGAUAUUCGGAAGCAUCCCAUCUGGGCAUUCAAAACCUUUUCGGCCUCACAACAUUGAGUAUGGAGUGGAACAUUUUAACGGGUACCAUUCCUAUCAGUAUAGGGAAGCUUCAAAAGCUGCAAUUUUUAGACUGUUGUCAGGGGAAAUUCCAAGCUGGGUAGGCACUUUUCUCAGCCUAGAGGAUCUCUUCCUCGACGGGAACUACUUUCAAGGAUUAAUUCCUCCAUCAUUUACUGCUCUAAAAGGCCUUCAAUCCCUGGAUCUUUCACGCAACUUGUCUGGAAAGAUUCCACAAUACCUGGAGAACCUUUAUGCUUUGCAAUAUCUAAAUCUAUCUUACAAUCAUUUCGACGAUGAAUUACCAAAAAAAGGGUUCUUUGGAAAUGCCAGCGGAGUUUCCGUAGUUGGAAAUAGUAAUCUUUGCGGGGGGUAUUCAAGAAUUGCAAUUGCCAGCGUGCUCUAA